CCUUCCUCAUUUUCCCACAGUUUCUUUCACUUUCUCUCUCGCAACUUGGUGGUCUUCAAAGAAAGUUUCUUCCUUACCAUUCACAAGAAUCUUGGAAUCAAAAUUUUCCCAAUCUCCAGUCAUGAAGAGAUCCGGAAUCUUUGCAGCCUCUGUCGCUGCUGCUUCUGCUACUGCUAUCUCUACUACUACUUCUUCUUCUUCCUUCAACUUCACUUCAGAUUCCAAUCAUCACGAGGAUUCAAAGAAAAAUCAAGAGAGCUCUGCAAGUAAGAGAUCAGCUUCAACAGACAAGUUUGCACCAAGGUUUGAUGGAUUAAGGUUCAUUGAGACACUGGUUACUGCUCACAGAUAAAAAAGCUUCUUUUUUUAGGGUUCAUGUCAUUAUUACCUUCAUCUAAAUGAAGAAUUUUGUUGACUUUUUCCCUUUGACUGGAGAAGGGAUAGUA